AUGUGCGCUUUCGCUGAUAGAUCCAUCACGUCGACAUCAAUCCGUAUGCGCGUCAAUAGGGAUGCGAGAGGGAUUAAUAAGAUAAGUUCCACAACAUUCGUCCCUACGUCCAUGGCUGCACUCUUGGUGACGACGAUCGAUAGCUUCUCGUUUCCAACGCAUGGAGAGGAAAAUCCGAGAACACCCGGAAAAGGACGAGACACGCAAGAAGAAUCCAGGAUCCCGUCCGAUCGACUAUCCAUAGUAGAGGGCGGGACGAUGUCCGCGCGGAUCAAGUUCAAAAGGUUGAGUACUUUACAAGCCUGGCGUGAAACGAACGAGAAUAAUCGGAUGUGGUUCACGCAGGAUAGUUCGUGGGAGCGCAGUGCUCAGUGUCGCUGGGUAUUCCUCAAAGGAGCUGCUUCUGCAAAAAUAUCGGAAAUAACCCUUAGGAGAGAAGCAACGACUCGAACAAACACAAAACAGAAAACAAUCGUCGUGACUGUCAGUAUCGCUGCUGAUGCUCAAGUUAGAGAUCUUGCAGCUGCUGCGCUUGCGUGGAAGAUGGUGGCGGUACAACUGGGAGUGGCGAAAGAAAAGUCGAAAGGAACGCAAAUGCUCGGCGGCGGCCCGGUGACGAGCUGUCUCUUCUCAUCACACAACAUGACCGCAACAUUCGAUCCCCUCUCUAGAUCCGAUGGCGCAGAGGCAACAGCAGAGAAAAACGAUGCAUUCCUUUCCCCUCCAUGUCGUACUGCACGUGCUCCUCGCUCGCGGCACUGGCAGACAGCCCCGAGGUCCACCAUCGGAUCGAUGCGGGAUUAG